AGACACAGAGAAAGAGAGAGAGUUCCUCGCCCAGCUGACUGGCCAUGGGGUCCUUCCUGGCUCCGUCCCUCUUUGGGCUCCUGAUGAUGUCCCUGCAUUGCAGCUGGGCUGCUCCGCUCCAGGACAAGGGCCCCCUGGUCAUCUCCUUCCCUGGGGAUGUGGUCAGGAACGCUUCGGACCGAGAGCUGGCAUCUCGCUACCUCCAACGCUUCGGGUACUUGCAAGACCCCAGCUCGGGGUCCAGCGGCGGCCAGGUCACCCUGGACUCUGCCCUCAAGAAGAUGCAGAAGCGCCUCGGCCUGCCGGAGACUGGGCGGCUGGACGCCCCCACCAUGGAAGCCAUCCGGGCUCCUCGCUGCGGGGUGCCGGAUCUGGGCACCUUCCAGACUUUCGAGGGAAACCUCAAGUGGGACCACAAUGACAUCACCUACCGGGUGCAGAACUACUCGCCUGACUUGGACUCCUCCAUCAUCGAAGACGCCUUUGCGAGGGCCUUCAAAGUGUGGAGCGACGUGACCCCCCUCACCUUCACGCGCCGGGAGAGCGGGGACGUCGACAUCCUCAUUAUGUUCGGGACGGAAGAGCACGGGGACGGCUAUCCCUUUGACGGCAAGGACGGUCUCCUGGCGCACGCCUUCCCUCCUGGCAAGGAUCGCUACAGUGGGGAUGCCCACUUUGACGACGACGAGUUCUGGACCCUGGGCACAGGCGUUGUGGUGAAGACCCGUUUUGGGAACGCCAACGGAGCCAACUGCCACUUCCCCUUCACCUUUGAGGGCCAGUCCUACUCCACUUGCACCACCGAGGGACGCAAGGACAACUUGCCCUGGUGCUCCACCACCCCCAACUUCGACCGGGACAAGAAGUACGGAUUCUGCCCCAGUGAAUUGCUCUUCACCUACGGAGGCAACGCGGACGGGGAGAAGUGUGUCUUCCCCUUCACCUUCCUGGGCAAGUCCUACGACAGCUGCACCACCGAGGGGCGCAGCGAUGGGUACCGCUGGUGCGCCACCACGGAGAGCUUCGACCGCGACAAGAAGUACGGAUUCUGCCCCAACAGAGACACAGCCGUGAUUGGCGGGAACUCCCAGGGCGAGCCCUGCGCCUUCCCCUUCACCUUCCUGGACAAGAGCUACAGCAGCUGCACCUCCGAGGGGCGCGAGGAUGGGCGACUCUGGUGCGCCACCACCAGCAACUACGACAUCGACAGGAAGUGGGGCCUCUGCCCCGACAAAGGGUACAGCAUCUUCCUGGUCGCUGCACACGAGUUUGGGCAUUCACUGGGCCUGGAGCAUUCCGAUGUGCGGGAGGCCCUGAUGUACCCCAUGUACACCUACCUGGCCGAUUUCCACCUGCACUCUGAUGACGUGGCUGGGAUCCAGUCCCUCUAUGGCAGAGGGUCAGAUGUGCAACCCACGGUGGGCACCCUCCCUACGACUCAAAGCCCCGAGGACCCUGACCAAACCACCGAGGAAUACGAUGAUGAAGGCUCCAGCACGGACGAGGAUGUCACGGAGACCCCCCCAGUCACAGAGGCCACCACUGUCAUGGAGACCACCCCCGUGGGCCGCUCAGGAGAUGCUUGCAAAAUCCCUCAGUUUGACGGGGUGAGCGAGAUCAAGAAGGAACUGCACCUCUUCAAGGACGGGCAAUACUGGAAGAAGCCAGUGUCAGGCACGGGGGCCAUUGUGGGCCCACUCCGCAUCCAGGACAGCUGGCCAGCCCUCCCAGAUGUGAUCGAUGCUGCUAUCCAGGACGCACAGACGAAGAAAACUUACUUCUUCUCCGGUCGUCGCUUCUGGGUGUACCAGGGGACGAGUCUUGGGACCCGCGGAACAUCGACAAGCUGGGCAUCCCGAGUGACGUGCCAAAGAUUGGGGGCCCUGCAGGAGAAGCCGGGCAAAAUCCUUGUCUUCAGUGGGGAGCACUUCUGGAGGCUGGAUGUGAAAUCUGAGCGAGCGGAUAAAGGCUCCCCUCACUACACGGACAGCCUCUUUCCUGGGGUGCCACUGGACUCUGAGAAUAUCUUCCACUUUAAAGGAAAAUACCACUUCUGCCGGGGACCGUUCUGCUGGCGAAUGACCCCACGCUACCAGGUGGACAGAGUGGGCUACCUGAAGUACGAGGUCCUGAAAUGCCCGGAAGAGUAAGGUUGCCAGAGGGCUGCUGGGACCCUCCCGUGCCUGCGGCGGGACUUUAGGGCAGUCGCUCAUGCAGCUUUGUCGCCUCAGCCUGAACCAGCAGAUCAACCUGGGAGGCUGUGCCCAGGAGAUGCUGUCGCCCUGCUCGACUGCCGCACAAAGAGGACUCCUCCAGCCACCCUGUGCCGCUCCCGGGGCACACGAACCUCCUGCCAGCCUGAGCCAGGUGCCUUGCAAAAGUCUCGCCGGGUGCAGGCAGCUGGGCUGCUGGCACAGAGAGGGUCCCUGCCUUGUGUGUGUGUGUGUGUGUGUGUGUGUGUGUGUUGCUUGAUUAUGGACUUGUGGCAAAGACCCCCCCUGGGGAAGAGAAGGAGGGUGCCCUCAACCCUCCCACUGCCUCUGCUGCCUCUGCCUCCUGUGGGACCUCCAGCAACUUGCACUUUCUGAAUAAACGAAAUCCUGCCCC